ACUGGCACCCGUGAGACAUGAGGUGGUUACUGUUCUUUGGGGCCCUUGUUGGGUCAGGCAUCUGUGGCCGAGAUAAAUUCUUUGGGGACCAAGUUUUCAGGAUUAAUGUCAGAAAUGGAGAUGAGAUCAGAAAACUGACUCAGCUAGUGAAUUCGGACCAUUUUAAGCUCAACGUCUGGAAAUCUCCCUCCACUUUCGACCGUCCCGUGGAUAUCCUUGUCCCCUCGGUCAGUCUGCUGCCAGUCAAGUCCUUCCUGAAGUCUCAGGGCUUAGACUACUCAGUGACAAUUGAAGACCUACAGUCCCUUUUAGAUAACGAAGAUGAAGAAAUGCAGCACAGUGAAGGGCAAGAGCGGAGUGGUGAUGAUUUCAACUACGGGUCUUACCAUUCCUUGGAAGCUAUUUACCACGAGAUGGACAGUAUUGCCACAGAUUUCCCUGACCUGGCAAGCCGAGUGAAGAUUGGAGAGACAUUUGAAAAGCGACCCAUGUAUGUUCUGAAGUUCAGCACAGGAGGAGGCAAGAAGAGGCCGGCCAUAUGGCUGAAUGCAGGCAUCCAUUCCCGUGAGUGGAUCUCACAGGCCACGGCUAUCUGGACGGCGAGGAAGAUUGUGACUGAUUACCAAAAGGAUCCAGCUGUCACCUCCAUCUUGGAGAAAGUGGAUAUUUUCUUGCUGCCUGUAGCCAAUCCUGAUGGAUAUGUGUAUACGCAAACCCAAAACCGAUUAUGGAGGAAGACACGGUCUCGGAACCCAGGAAGCCGCUGCAUUGGUGCUGAUCCAAACAGAAACUGGAACGCAAGUUUCGCAGGAGAAGGGGCCAGUGAUAACCCUUGCUCGGAAGUGUACCAUGGCUCCCACCCCAAUUCUGAAGUGGAGGUGAAGUCAGUGGUGGAUUUUAUUCAGAAGCAUGGGGAUUUCAAGUGCUUCAUUGACUUGCAUAGCUACUCACAGCUGCUGAUGUAUCCCUAUGGGUACACAGUCAAGAAGGCCCCGGAUGCUGAGGAGCUGGAUGACGUGGCAAGGAGUGCAGCCAAAGCCCUGGCUUCCCACUCGGGCACUAAGUACCAAGUUGGACCGACUUGCACCACUGUCUAUCCAGCCAGUGGGAGCAGCAUUGACUGGGCAUAUGACAAUGGCAUCAAGUAUGCAUUCACAUUUGAGCUGAGAGACACCGGGCACUAUGGCUUCCUCUUGCCAGCCAGCCAGAUCAUCCCCACUGCGGAGGAGACCUGGCUAGGACUGAAGACCAUCAUGGAGCAUGUGCGGGACAACCUCUACUAGUCAAAGAGAGCACUCAUAUUUUACCCAUAAGCCACC